AUCCGGGGUUUCGCAGAGUCUUUCCGGACACUUCGUCAAGGUUGUAAAGACAAAAAACAAAGCAGCUGUACCGCAGCCGAGCACCCCCCUUGACCAUAAGAACAUGAAUGCAUGGACACUGGCUUCCUCUCCGGCCAUCCAGGAAGGAGAAGAAGAGGAAGGCGAAGGUGAUAUUCAGUUAUUUGCCGGAGAAUGCAGACGAGCUUCGAUUGGACAACGGUGACGUCGUCACGAUCCUCGACCAGGAGGAGGAGGGCUGGCUGAGGGGCCUUCUUCAUGGAAAGGAAGGUGUCUUUCCCUCAAACUUUGUCGAGGAGAUCUCAGACAGUGACGUUGAGGAGGUGACCGAGAAGAAGGACAAGGAGAAAGAGAAGACAGAAAAUGAAACGGACAGUCACAAAGAGAAGAAGAGGGUGCCGGGCAUAAAAGGGCCAGGAUUCGGCGAUAUAUUCAGCCAAGGACCAAUCAAACUCAAAUCAACAGGGGGCGCCAGUGAUAGAAAAGUGUCUCCGGAGGUGGCAGGGGGCGCCGGGCGACAGGGAACCCAUCUCCGGAGCCAGUGAGGAAGAAUAACAAGCAGGAACACAAGGUGCUGCGCCAAGAAGCCUCCCCCCCAGCGCCCGUAAGCGACGACCAGUGCUGCCACCUAGGCCAGAGUCAGGACAUGAAUGGACAGUCCAGCAAACAACAGCAUUGUUGGAUGCCAUUACAGAACACUUUGAUGAAUUGAAGUCAAGCA